AUGGACCCGAACCAGCGUGUCCAGCACUCCCAGCUUGAUGCUAUCAAGGCGAACCUGGAUGCCGUGACCCGUCGCCUCGUGCGCCCAGCAUUUCUGUCGAACCUCACGCCCUCGCGACUUCCCUCGCAGGCCGCAAGCGAUUCGUCCCUCAGCCCCACACGCGACGAAGCACGGUUGCAUUCUGGUCCGCUUUCCCAUCACCGACACUCCCAUCUCAACUUUGCAGUCACUAUUGAAGAUGCCCUGGAGCAUGCUGAUCUCGUGUCUCCCUUGAUCCAGGAGCCCUGUGCUGACGGCGGCCUUUCCAGUGUCGACAAGCGUGUCGCAGAGCAGCUCGAGACGCAGUUUGUCCAAGCGCGUCACGCCUAUGCGAACAUGGCAGCAGAGCGCGGUUUCCAGACCUUUCCCCAUGGCCACCAGGAUCUGGUGCUCGCUGUAGACUUUAACUACUUCGGCACGCGCAUGGUCACCGCGAGCUCCGACCACCGUCUCAAGGUGUGGGACAAGAAGGAUGAAUCGUGGACUUUGGUCGAGAGCUGGAAGGCGCACGAUGCUGAGAUUGUCGACGUCAAAUGGAACGGUCCCUUCAUGGGCGAAGUUGUCGGCAGCAUUGGCGAAGACGGCCGCUGCAAGCUCUGGCAGGAAGAUGUCACUGAGGUCCCCAUGUCAGGGAACAGAUUCAAGCUGAUCACGAAUCUUGUCUCACAUACCCAUGCACCUUUCAUGUCGCUAGACUUCAAGAACAUUAUGCAAGAGACUUGGCUCGCGCUGAUUACUCGUGAUGGUUAUCUCACUGUCUACGAGCCUGUCGACCAGAGUAGCCUAAACGAAUGGAGCAUCCUAGCCGAACAUUGGGUCUCCGAGGACAAUCCUCCUCAACGCCAAGAAGAGGUCGGAUUCAAGGUUGUCUUCCACAAGGAAAAACUCCCCUGCUGGACCGCGAUCAUGGCUGGUCUCGACCGCAAGUCCCUCUCUUUGGCUGUCGCAGCCAUGAAGGAUGUAUUCAUCUACAGGACAGACAAAGCUAAGCGUUUCUUUCAUGUUGCCAAACUCGAGGGUGCUCGUCAGAUCAUCCGCGAUUUGGCUUGGGCAAACGGCUCCAUGCGAGGCUACGACAUUCUUGCUACAGCUAGUAAAGACGGUUCAAUUCGCAUUUACGAGUUGUCCACACCUGCUUCCGGUAAUGCUUCCGGUAAUGCUUCAGCUGGCGGAACCUCGUCCAACUCGACCGUGGUCGGCCCCGUUUCACCUCGCCCUGGACCUCGCAAGAACGCACCUUCAGGCAUAGGAGCCGGACUGGCAGGGGCAUCCAAAGCACCAGAAACGUCCCGUGAGAAUGAGCAGUAUCCUGGGCGUAUCAGACAGACGGUCAAGCUCACGGACGAACUCACCAACCACCACGGCGCGGUAUGGCGCGUCGCUUUCUCGCACAUGGGUGACCUGCUUGUUUCAACGGGGGAUGACGCAUCUAUCCGAACCUGGAAGAAAGCCGUCAAUGGUCGUUGGCUAGAAUUUUCGGAGAUCGAGCCAACGGGCGGUAACUGA